AUGAGUCUGAUGAAAAUAGUAUUUGCACUCGUUGAUGAUCUACAUCUUGGUCAACGCGCACGCCAAAUCAUGAAUACAAACGAAAAAGUUUCAAUGAUUAAUGAUCUUCAUCCAUCUGAUAGCCCAUACUCUCAUUCAUUUGCUUGUUUAAACGAUGUCUCAUUCGACCAACACAAUUACUUUUACAAUCAACAGCAAGUACAACAGCCAGACCAAUCAUAUUUUCCUUCAUACUCGUAUCAAACAUCAUCAAACAUAGAUUCGAAUUAUUACCAUCAACAAUCGAAUCUAUUCUAUCCACAAUAUUAUUCCCCGGCAUCGUCAUCACCUUAUGUUGAACCAUUGAGUAUCAAUCCAAGUUCGUCUGAUUCAAAUGAAACCAGAAAGGAUGUCGUAUCUCCGUCAACAUCCGAGUCAGACUCGAAAACGAAAAGUUCCAACGAGAAUAACAAACGACCACGACGUUUACGCACACAUUUUACAUCGAGUCAAUUACAACAUCUCGAAAUGACAUUUACAUAUAAUAUCUAUCCUGAUGUCAACUUCCGAGAAGAAAUUGCUGCACAAACCGAACUAACUGAAGCAAAAGUCAAAGUUUGGUUUAAAAAUCGACGAGCCAAAUUCCGAAAGAAACAUAAAGGAAACAACGGAUCAUCAUCUUUACCAUUGCCUCUACCGCCACCGCUGCCGACCUCAACACAAUCAUUACCAUCUUCAGCAGGACUCGAAUGGAGGGAAGGUCCAACGAGUGAUUACUCCACCCCACAGAUCAAUUAUCCACAGUAUCAUCCAUGGUGGACAGGUUAA